AUGGGUGAAGCUUGGGUACAGGAUGCGGAAGAACCUGGCCCACUGCCCAAGCCCUCCCUCCAGGCCCAGCCCAGCCCCCUUGUGCCCCUGAAGAAGCCGGUGACAAUCCGCUGCCUGGGGCCUCCGGGUGUGGACGUGUACCGCCUGGAGAAACUGAGAACCGGAGAGUACAUGGACCAGGCCAUCCACGUCAUUCCGGCCAUGAGAACAGACGACGCUGGACGCUACCGCUGCUCCUACCAGAAUGGGACCCUCUGGUCACCCCCCAGUGAGCAGCUGGAGCUGAUUGCUACUGGAGUUUUCAGCAAGCCCUCGCUCUCAGCCCAGCCAAGCCCGGCAGUGUCUUCAGGAGGGGACGUAACCCUGCAGUGUCAGAGCCAAUAUGGCUUUGACCAAUUUGCUCUGCACAAGGAGGGGGACACUGGGCCCUACAAAGGACCGGAGAGGUGGUACCGGGCCGAUUUCCCCAUCGUCACGGUGACUGCUGCCCACAGCGGAACCUACCGAUGCUACAGCUAUUCCAGCGGAUCCCCGUACCUGUGGUCGGCCCCUAGCAACCCCCUGGAGCUUGUGGUCACAGGGACCUCUGUGACCUCAGGCCGGUUACCCAAAAAACCACCUUCCUCCAUCACAGAAUUCCCAGAAGCCUCCAGAAAACUGAACAUCUCACUCAGGAACAAAGUCUCCACAACCAAGCCUUCUAGGAAUAUCACCGUCUUUCCAGAUGGGUCAGGCACUCCAGCUGGUCUUGCCCACCAGAACUACACUAAGGGCAAUCUGGUCCGGAUAUGCCUUGGGGCAGUGAUUCUAAUACUCCUGGUGGGACUUCUGGCAGAAGAUUGGCACAGCCGAAGGAAACCCCCAAUGCGCUGGGUCAGAGCUGUCCACAGGCCACUCCCACCCCUCCCGCAGACCCAGAAAUCACGUGGUUGUCAGGAUGGGGGUCGACCAGAUGGUCAAAAGCACGGGUGCCACCAUCAGAAUCCCAAGGCUUAA